AACUUGUGAAAAGAACCAUGUGAAAAUACCAAGAUUUUGCUGAAUGUCAUUGGUGCUGCACCAUUUCAUAUUCUCUUAUAUUACCUUUAUUGUCUUUGUGCUCCUUCGUGUAUGUAUGUUAACUUUCUCUGACCAGCUCCUGAACACCCGGAGAAAAGCCAGGGAUCCACCAGACAUCAAUACAGAACAAAUAAUGGGAGCAUCAGUAACUUUGAAACUUAAAAUAGAGCUUGAGCAUCCAACAUCAUUUGGGUUAAGAGAUUGGAAAGCGUCAAUUAAAAAACAAGCAAACCUUUUAUCAUGGGAUGGGCUGCAUUUUGAUCCACUUGGUUGAAAUAUGUCAUGGUAGGAGUCUUGGAUAGGGAGACAGGAGACCUGAGAACUUGCUGGGUCAUAUCACUGAGAAUUUUUCUAAUCUCUAAAGGCACAAGGUUGGAGCACAUGCUUUUUAAAGUUUCUUUCAGCUUUAAGUGUCUGUAAUGAAAUUAAUCUAUCACAACUUCAUAAACAUGUGCUGGAUUUCAGUGGCUUCUGAAGACUUUAUCAGGAGGCUGGUAAAGCUGUAAUUGUAAUAUCCUUUUGAAGGGAGGUCUGAGAGUUGGCAAUUCGAGGAAAACCAACAAAUACCUAGUAGGCAAAUUUGGCUUGAUCAAAACCAAGUUCAUAAGUAUUACAAUUUUUCAGGUUUAAACAGAUCAUCAAGUAAUUGAAUAAUUUUCUUUUAAAGUUAAAAACAUAUCCCCUCAUUGUUUUUUCCUGUGUAGAAUAUGGAUUUUGUUACAAGAUGGUUCUACCUACCACUGGGCUGCAUGAUGCUGAUCAAUGAGAUUAAUGCUGAUUUUGAAUUUCAAAAGGGGGUGCUUGCCAGCAACAGCCCAGGGAUCAUGGAAGACAUUGAUCUCCAGUGCUGGAACACUUGCUCUUUGACACUGAUAGAUCUCAAGGAACUCAAGAUAGACCACGAUGUGGAUGCUUUCUGGAAUUUCAUGUUGUUCCUGCAAAAAUCCCAGUGGCCGAGACAUUAUAAUGUCUUCUUAAGCAUAGCUCAGGAUUUCUGGGAUAUGUAUGUAGACUGCUUGCUUUCAAGAUCUCAUGGAAUGGGCAGAAGACAGGUGAUGCCUCCCAAGUAUAAUUUUCCACAGAAGAUUACAGGAGGUAAUUUAAUAUGUACUUAAGA